AAAGCGUUCAGUGAAUCUGAUGUAAACUAAUUACCGCCCAAUAUUUUAAAAUUUAGAAAUCCGUGGAAAACGCAAUGAAACAACUGAAUGGUUGUAUCCAAAAUUCCAUUUCUACAACUGGAUCGCAGGUGCAUGGUAUCACAAUAGAUGUGCCAGACAAAUACCCUAUGAUGGACAAUGUCAGUAUUGUGUCGUGUUCUACACAGAAAAGUGAUGUUACACAAAAUCUGGAGGUUCCUGAUCUACGCAAAAAUACUGAAAUAAUGCACAUUCAUGAAAUAUACAGAAUUUCAUCAUUGGAAACUAGUAAGGAAUCUGUACCCAGGGAUGCUGAUGCGAGUGAGUUGUCCCCUCUUGUUCCUGUACAGUCAACUGCUUUCACACAGGUUCUUUUAUAG